CUCCGCCAUGAAGAAGAGCUCCACGCUGACCACGACCACGUCGAUGCCGGCGAGUCCAACGCUCUCGGCGCAGACGCUCUCCGCCAGCAAGAUCAGCCUGAACAGCAGUCGCUGCGGCUCGGCGGGAUCGGUAUCGGGAUGCGGUUCCGCCUCCGGAUCCGUGCGGUCCGCCUGCCAAUCGCCGGUGCGACCGGGCAGCGGAUGCGUGGACGCCAUCAAGGCCAAGCGCGAGGAGAUCGAGAUGGACACGCUGCUCGAGAAGGCAAAGUUCUAUACCUCCGUGUGCCUUGGUACGACUGCCAUUUUGUCGGUGUUCACAUUCCUCUUCCUGAUACCCUUCGUCGUGGACCCCGCCAUCUCAACGAUCAUAGCGGAUUAUGAUCCGGUGCCGGUGACCUGCAUCGUCAUCGAUCACAUCUACGCGGAGGGCAUCAAGAACUGCAGCUGGAGCUCCUGCCGCGAGGGCUGCACCUCAUCACUCACCAAGUGCCAUCAGUUGUUUGUCAACUACACGCGCAUCCCGUACAGCGACUGGGAGCGCAAUCCUCGGGACCUGGACACGGUCAACUGGGAUGUGAGCUACACCAAGUUUCUGAUUAAUUCGGAAGGCUGUGGCUAUCCACCCACGACCAAUUGCAGUGUGUUUGCCAGGCAAUAUGGGUUCUCGCAUAUUGGGGAGCCCUUUCCCUGCUACUACAGUAGGGCAUACCCAGAGGUGGUCAUCGGUCGGUACUCGUGGGAGAACAACCUGUACCACCUGAUCCUGUCGCUGAUAAUACCGAACGUGCUCUUCGCCAUCUCGAUCGGGGUGUUGAGCUACUGGUACUGCCCCUGCUGCGAGAAGGCGUGCAACAAGUCCUCGCGGGUCUACGCCGAGAAGUUCCCGACCAAGGAAGAGAUCGUUAACUGCAUGAAAUGUAACACGGAAAAGUCGUUGUCGUUGAAUGUAUUUUGAAUAUGAUCUAUAAUCAAUGCGAGAGUGCCUGAACUUUGACCCCCUCAAAAUGUAUUGUGAUAGGUUAAGUGCGAUGGUAUUUGAUAUAUAUAACCCUGGAUCCCUGGAUCCCUCGAUCCAGUUAACUUGCACAUACAUACGAGUAUAUUGUGUGGCACCCAGUUCGCUUGUCCACUGAAAAUCAAAAAAUCCACACCCACAUCAAAAAGAAACCCAAAUCGAAUUGUUACUCUGAAGUGUCCUUAGCAAUUACUGCCUUCUUUAAUACUCUUCAAUCGUAGUCGUAGAAAAUCCCGCACACCAAGGAUUUUCUCUAACGCACAAUAACAAAAACCCAUCCGAAAGGAAUUUCGUAUGCUAAAUACACACAUUCACUAAAAAAAAAAAAAAACAAACGAAAAUCACAAGAUUAUUACUCAAAAUAUUAAAUGUCUCAAACUUUACAGAUUAAAUAUGACAAAAGGUUUCUUUCAGGUUUAUAUUAAUUAGAUCCCAGCAUUUUCUCUUUAACUCCAAAUAUUAAAUCUAUUAUUAUAUAAUUACAUAUCGAAUACCUUUCAAAUUUAACGAUCUUAUACUAGAAAUGUUUCAGAAUGCAUGCUUUUUGUUUUUAUGAAUAUUCGUUAGUUUUGAUUCUAGAAUGGCAUGAUCCGUUUAUCCCAAUCUAUUUAGCAUAAACAUAUAUAUAUAUAUAAACCGCUUAUAUCUGACUAGCAUUGAUUAAGAACUCUGUUCCAAUCGCAUUCCAAUUCUAGCAAACUUCUGUGUCACAGUGACGAAGAUGAUGAUAUGGAAUACUAGCAAAAAUAAUAUUAGUUAAAGCCCCUAAACAAAUAGUAAAUUCAACUUUGUAGUCUGUACCACACAACACAACAACAUAGCUUACCUAGAUAUAUACUAUAUACAAAACAUACCAUAUAGAAAUUCCAUUUGCCAUCACAUCGGACGAUAUAUAUAUAGUAUUUAAAAAGCAAGCGGAGCAUCGCCGAAGGACAAACUUUUUCUCAGCCAUUUAUUCGAAAUUUUGCGCUCAAGAGAUUUGUUAACAUAACACUUUGCCAUCAUAUUGUUACGCUAGUUAUAUAUAUGGACCUUUGGUUGGCUUAACCGGCUUUAUUGGAGGCGGCAGCGAUGCUCCACUCUCGACUUCGAUUUCCACAGAGAUAAUACCAAUACCAAUUAAAGGAUCGCUUGUUUUCAACAAAUUGUGAUAGUAGUCAUAAAAAUAUUAAGUAAAUUCGUAAAACUAACUAAAAACGGAAAGCGAAAACAAAAAAAAAAAUAAAAUAAAAUAAAA